AUGAACAACCUACGAGAAAAGUUUUGGAUUCUUCAAAGCCGCAAAGCAGUACGUUCGGUAAUUCGCAAGUGCGUCACAUGUCGCAGAUACAGCGCAAAGAGAAUGGAAUCCCAGUCUGCGAUUUUGCCAGAGUAUAGAGUUAGAGACGCCGCUGCAUUCGAGGUAACAGGUGUAGAUUAUGCCGGACCGCUCUUCUUAUCCAAGGGACACAAAGCGUAUAUUUGCCUGUUUACCUGUGCAAUCUACCGAGCAGUUCACCUGGAACUCGUCUCGACCUUGUCUACGGAGGGAUUCUUGGAGGCCUUAAGAAGAUUUAUAGUCCGGAUUAUAGUCCGGCGAGGAAGACCUACCGUCAUUUAUAGCGACAAUGGAAGGAAUUUUGUCGGAAUGUCAAAUCUACUGCGACAAGUCAACUGGAAGAAGAUUUCGCGGUAUUGUGCCACAAAUGAAGUGGAGUGGCAUUUCAAUCCACCGUCAGCCGCAUGGUGGGGAGGUUGGUGGGAGCGUCUUAUACGCAUUCUGAAGGACCUCUUGAAGAGAACGCUUGGAAGAACUUCAGUCAAUUACGAAGAAAUGAAUACAAUUUUGUGUGAUUGCGAAGCGGUCAUCAAUUCAAGACCACUCACAUAUAUAACCGAGGAAGCGAGUGGAACCGCUGCGAUCACACCUGCCAUGUUCCUCCGAGAUAUUCAGGAGGACGGAGUACCUGACCUGGACCAGAUAAGCAAGUCUCAUCUGUCGAAGAGUUUGCGUUAUCGACAGAGACUGAAAGAAGAGUUGCGGAAGCAGUUUCGCAUCCAAAGCGACUCAAUUGGCCCAUGGCGAGAAUUAAAGAAUGUUACCCUGGAAAAGAUGGACAGAUACGAGUCGUUUUCUAAGGAAAAUUCGGAGAAACCCUUUUAUUUGGAUCUGCCGCUUGCCGAGGUCAGAGAACACCCGGAACCUGUACCAGUUCCUGAAGAGAAGACAGUUCCCGAGCUGAGGACAAGAAGUGGACGCACGAUCAAAAGACCGGAGUGA